AUGCAGAUAGUCUGGCGCGACUCCGCGCCCCCCGCCGAAUACGAGGAGGCCCGCGUGGGCCGAGUCUUCAACCACCGACGUCCCGACCGCUUCCCCCUGGCCGUUGUCAAAGCCACCUGCCAGGAAGACAUCAUCGCAGCCGUCAAGCUUGCCAAAGCAAAGAACUGUCGGCUUGCCGUGCGCUCCGGGGGCCAUUCGUGGGCCGCCUGGAGCGUGCGUGACAAUUCGAUUCUCCUCGAUCUCGGCAAUUACAAGCAGCUGGACGUCGAUCCCACCACUCGCACGGCGAGAGCCACACCCAGCAUGACGGGACGGGAGCUGAAUGGCGUCCUCAUCAAGGAGCACAAUCUGAUGUUUCCUGGGGGUCAUUGUCCGGAUGUUGGGCUGGGGGGAUUUCUGCUCCAGGGCGGGAUGGGGUGGAACUGUCGGAAUUGGGGCUGGGCGUGCGAGCGCGUCCAGGCUGUCGAUGUGGUCACCGCACAGGGCGAUGUUCUACAUUGCAACGCCACCCAGAACCGGGAGCUGUAUUGGGCUGCCCGCGGUGCCGGUCCGGGCUUUCCCGGGGUCGUCUCAAAGUACCACCUCGAACUCAUCCCCUACCCGCGCGACGGCUUCCGCUCGUCCGGCUACAUCUACCCGAUCCGUCUGUACCAUGAAGCCUUCAGCUGGGUUCUGCAGGCCACCCCGGCCUCCGAUGAAGACACCGAGAUCGCCGUCGUCGCGCAGUACCCCGAGGGAAUGGACGAGCUGUGCCUGUUCGUCCUCUUCGUGACGAUGAAGCCCGAUCCCGCGGCCGCGGAAGCCGCCCUCCGCCCGCUGCACGACUCUCGCCCCGCCGGGGCCAUCGUCGAAUGGUUCUGCGAGGCCGACAGUCUGGAGAAGCAGUACGAGAACCAAGCCAAAGCCAAUCCGGAGGGCCACCGGUACUGCGCCGAGAACGCGUACAUCCGGAACGAGGCGGAUGUCUCCGCCGUGCUGGAGGAGGCGUUCACCACCCUCCCCCACCGCAAGGCCUUCGCCCUCUGGUACGCCAUGUACCCCUGUAGUCGGCGCAAGCUGCCGGAUAUGGCGUUGAGUAUGCAGAGCGAUCACUACUUCGCGCUGUAUACGGUGUGGGAGGAGGCGCGAGAUGAUGCGCGCUGUCAGGGGUGGGUGGCCGAUGUCAUGCAGAAGGUGGCGCCACAUGCGGUGGGGGCGUACCUGGGGGACUCGGAUUUCCAGGCGAGGAAGACGAAAUUCUGGGCAGAUGACAAUGCGCGCAGGUUGAUGGGGUUGAGACGGCGAUUUGAUCCCGAGGGGCGGAUUUGUGGGUAUCUCGAUAAGGGGGAUGCGUCGGGGGUACGAGGGUUGGUCAUUGAGAGUGAGGUUAAGUUGUAG